GUCCUCAUCAUUUUCCACAUUCUGCUUUUUCAUGGUGUUGUCUCCGCAACAAAUUCUGGUAAACGAGGUCAUCAUCUAAAUGAUGGGAUGGGUGUGACAGAGCCAGACGGCCACGGCCCACGCCUUAUCCCCACUGGCCAUCGAUCACCCAUCUCAUCCACACAAAGAGUGAAACUUGCAAAAAAGAAGGAAGAGCAGAAGCAUGGCCUGGGUUUUGCUUUAGCCUUUCCAGAUCUUGUCUCCCCAAUGGCGUUGUCUGCGUCUGCAGCACUCUCGAGGGAUUGCACUGCAGUACGACCAUGUUUGUCCACGCAGAUAUCGUUUCUAAGUCGCCAUUCCUUCUCUACCAUCCCAUCAUUCAAAUCUGAAAGGAGGAGGGUCGUUUUAUGCUCUUCCAAAAACGAAAUGAGCUUCACGGAUAGAAUUCUCGACUACAUUGAAGGUGGACCCAAGUUGAGGAAAUGGUAUGGAGCAGGAGAUGAGCUCCCUAAAGAUGGCAGUUCUGCGACAGAGGAAGAUGAAUGUGCAGAAUCAGAGGAAGUUCGAGACGCCAUAUUGGUAACGGAUGGUGACAGUGAGAUUGGUCAGAUGGUGAUAUUGUCACUGAUCCUUAAACGAGUUAGGAUAAAAGCAAUUGUGAAGGAUAAACAGUCAGCUGUUGAUUCAUUUGGCUCUUAUUGCGAGCCAAUUGGUGGGGACUCAAAGGACAAAUCAUGGGUAAAGAAGGCCAUGAAAGGUGUUCGUGCCAUCAUUAGUACCUCAAGUGAAGGUUUCUUGUCGGAGAUUGGUAGCAUGAAGGGGGUGCAACAUAUAAUCUUAUUAUCUCAGUUGUCUGCGUAUAAGGGUAGCAGUGGAAUCCAAGCUCUAAUGAAUAGCAACGCCAAGAAGUUAGCUGAGAAGGACGAAGAGGUGGUGAAAGCAACAGGAAUUCCUUAUACCAUCAUUAGAGCCGGAUCAUUGCGAGAUGUUCCCGGUGGCGAGUUUGGCUUCAGCUUCCAAGAGGGUAGUGCAGCACAAGGAACACUUAGCAAGGAAGAUGCUGCUACCAUUUGCGUGGAGGCACUUGACGUCAUUCCUCAAGAUGCACUCAUUUUUGAGGUGGUGAAUGGUGAUGAAAAGGUUUCUGAUUGGAAAGAGCGCCUUUCCUCCAUGACCGGAGUGAAGGAAACAACUUGAAGGAGGUAAAUAAAUAUGUUUAACAGAAUACAAGACAUGGCCCUCUCUAGCAGAGAACAGCAUCAUCUUCUCGAUACGAUCCCCGCAGUGCAGCAGGUCGUCUUGCACACAAGGAAGUCCGGCGGGCGCACUUAUGUUUUCAGAACUCCCUAUGCUUCUGCUUCUCCCACAGCUCCUCGUGUUUGGAGGAACAUACAGACGACAUAAAUUGGUGCCUAUUUUGGUAAUCAUAAGCUAUUUUGAGGGCAAUGUUCCAAAGCUACUUCAUUGUAAUUUUUUUAUGCACGCCAUUGUUUUUGCCACACAUAGCAGCAUCAACAAAGCCUGGUCUAAUGCUUUACUUUU